CAGCCUUGCGGAGGUACACCAAGAAUUCGCUCAGGGAAUUACAGUGUCCAUAAGAAAGCGGUUUGUUGUAUUGGUGGAUCAAGACGCACGCAUCCACAUUUAUGACUGGACUACAUUAUGGUGGGCCUAUCUGUACAACAAGAAGAAAUAACACUGUAACCGAAUCUACAACCUGCGGAUUUGCCUUGAAACAAUUCAGACGCAUCAGACAACAUUAAGUGCGCCCGGCAUCAGGACAUAAGUGUUUUUUGUUGCGAGUGACCAGAGCAAAGAGGGUAGCUACCCCGUUGUUACGCCCAAUGCGAAGCAUACGUGGGUAAGACUUUGCUCUGUCUGGGCUAGGUGGCAUACCCCCUUUUAAGAAGAGUAUCCGAGUUUUCCAUUUCCUUUUUUCAUUUUUUUUGUGGAGAUAACCCUGGAUUUUAGAGCAAGUUUGUUUCUGGAGACAAGUUAACAUUUUUAGGGAUUUCACAAAAACUCUCACAGGAACCUGUUUUCAUGCCCGAACAUACUUUAUGACAAUGGAUUAUUUGCUAUUUUUAUGCAGCGUUUUGCUGCCUGUGGUUCUAGCUGUUGAAGAAACUCUGAUGGACAGUAAGUGGGCAACAACAGAGCUGGCCUGGACAUCACAUCCAGAGACUGGGUGGGAAGAGGUGAGUGGGUAUGAUGACGUUAUGAACCCCCUAAGGACUUACCAGGUCUGUAAUGUGAUGGACCAGAACCAGAACAACUGGCUGCGUACCGACUUCAUACCCCGCAAGGACGUUUUGCGGGUGUACGUGGAGCUCAAGUUCACCGUGCGCGACUGCAACAGCAUCCCCAACAUCCCCGGAUCCUGCAAGGAGACCUUCAACCUCUUCUACUACGAAUCCGAGACGGACAGCGCCACUGAGUCCACCCCGUUCUGGAUGGAGAACCCCUACGUGAAGGUGGACACCAUAGCCCCCGACGAGAGCUUCUCCAUGCUGGAAUCCGGGAGGGUCAACACCAAGGUUCGAAGCUUCGGCCCUCUCUCCAAGGCCGGCUUCUACCUGGCCUUCCAGGACCUGGGAGCCUGCAUGUCGCUCAUCUCCGUCCGCGUGUUCUACAAGAAGUGCUCCACCACCAUCGCCAAUUUUGCGGUGUUUCCCGAGACAGCCACCGGGGCCGAAGCCACUUCCCUGGUCAUCGCACCGGGCACCUGCGUGCCCAACGGCGUGGAAGUGUCCGUCCCCCUCAAGCUGUACUGCAACGGGGACGGGGAGUGGAUGGUUCCCGUGGGGUCCUGCACCUGCAUGGCCGGGUUCGAGCCUGCCAUGAAGGACACGCAAUGUCAGGCUUGCAGUCCUGGGACCUUUAAGUCGAAACAGGGGGAGGGGUUCUGCUCCCCCUGCCCUCCUAACAGCCGGAGUACCUCCGGAGCCUCUAACCUCUGCUCCUGCCGAAAUGGCUUCUACCGGGCUGACAGUGACUCGCCGGAUUCGGCCUGCACCACCGUUCCCUCGUCCCCCCGGAACGUCAUCUCCAACGUGAACGAGACCUCCCUGGUCCUGGAGUGGGGAGAGCCGCGGGACACGGGCGGCCGGGACGACCUGCUCUACAACGUCAUCUGUAAGAAGUGCCUCCCUGAGCGAGGCAUCUGCUCCCGCUGCGACGACAACGUGGACAUCACCCCGCGUCGCCUGGGCCUGACACAGCGCCGGGUGGCCGUGCGCAACCUGCAGGCCCACACCCGCUACAGCUUCGAGAUCCAGGCCGUCAACGGCGUCUCCAGCAAGAGCCCCACCUCACCGCAGUACGCCACCGUCAACAUCACCACCAACCAGGCCGCUCCUUCAGCAGUCCCCACAGUUCACCUAAUGGGAGCCACAGCAAGCACCAUGAGCCUCUCCUGGCUUCCUCCAGAGAAACCCAAUGGAAUCAUCUUGGAUUAUGAGAUUAAGUACCACGAGAAGGGUCAGGGCGAGGCCAUCGCCCACACGGUGACAGCGCAGCGCAGCUCUGCCCGGGUAGAGGGGCUGAAGGCGGGCACGUUCUACCUGGUGCAGGUUCGAGCCCGAACCGUGGCAGGAUACGGACGCUACAGCAGCCCAGCGGACUUCAGCACGAACCUGCAGAGUUAUCCAGAGAAGUCGAUACAGGAGCAGCUGCCCCUCAUCAUCGGCUCGGCAACCGCCGGCCUCGUUUUCAUCAUCGCCAUCGUCGUCAUCGCCAUCGUCUGCCUCAGGAAACAGCGCAGUGGUUCAGAGCUGGAGUAUACAGAGAAACUGCAACAGUACAUCACUCCUGGGAUGAAGGUCUAUAUCGACCCCUUCACCUACGAAGACCCAAAUGAGGCCAUCCGCGAGUUCGCCAAAGAGAUUGACAUCUCCUGCGUGAAGAUCGAAGAGGUCAUCGGCGCAGGAGAAUUUGGAGAAGUCUGUCGCGGCCGACUCAAACUUCCAGGUCGACGGGAAAUCAUAGUGGCCAUCAAGACACUGAAGGCGGGGUACACCGAGCGGCAGAGGCGGGACUUCCUGAGCGAGGCCAGCAUCAUGGGCCAGUUUGACCACCCCAACAUCAUCCGUCUGGAAGGUGUGGUCACCAAGAGCCGGCCAGUCAUGAUCGUCACAGAAUUCAUGGAGAACGGGGCACUGGAUUCAUUCUUGAGGCUGAAUGACGGCCAGUUCACAGUGAUCCAGCUGGUGGGAAUGUUGAGGGGCAUUGCAGCCGGGAUGAAGUACCUCUCCGACAUGAACUAUGUCCACCGUGACCUGGCCGCACGCAACAUCCUGGUCAACAGCAACCUGAUGUGCAAGGUGUCCGACUUUGGCCUCUCCAGGUUCCUGGAGGACGACUCCACUGACCCAACCUACACCAGCUCUCUGGGGGGUAAGAUCCCCAUUCGCUGGACAGCCCCAGAGGCCAUCGCUUACAGGAAGUUCACCUCCGCCAGUGACGUGUGGAGCUACGGCAUCGUCAUGUGGGAAGUGAUGUCGUACGGAGAGCGGCCAUAUUGGGACAUGAGCAACCAGGAUGUGAUCAAUGCAGUGGAACAGGACUACCGGCUGCCCCCACCCAUGGACUGCCCGACUGCCCUCCACCAGCUCAUGCUGGACUGCUGGGUGAAGGAGAGGAACCUGAGGCCAAAGUUCCCUCAGAUCGUCAACCAGCUGGACAAGCUUAUCCGUAACGCAGCCAGCCUUAAGGUGGUCACCAGCACGCACACAGGGGCCUCCCAACCUCUCCUAGACCGCUGCAUCCCUGACUACACCACUUUCGCCACUGUGGGUGACUGGCUGGAUGCCAUCAAAAUGAGCCGGUAUCAUGAGAGCUUCCUCAAUGCCGGCUUCACUUCCUUCGACGUGGUGGCACAGAUGACCGCAGAGGACCUUCUACGGAUAGGGGUGACAUUAGCUGGCCACCAGAAAAAGAUUCUCGGCAGCAUUCAAGACAUGAGGGUACAAAUGAACCAAACACUGCCCGUCCAGGUCUGAAGAAGCGUGCCCUCCUCCCAGAUCCAAUGGAACACCCAAGCUGCCUGACCGUCGCUGCCAAUCAGAAAACUGGCUUGCAGUGCCUCAGACUUUAUAUACUUCUCUCGUGUUUCCAACAUUACUGCUGCGUUUCCUCCAAAAAGGUGUAAUUUGAUUAUUUUUGAACCUUAAAAAAAAACAAUCAGCAUCUCACGUGGUUCUUCCAGGGGUACAUUUGCAUGCACAUGUGUGUUUGGUGCGGCUUCUUUGACUUUACCUAUUUUUGUAACUGUGUCUGGUCAGAUCCCUCCCUUUUUUCCCACCCAAGGGACUGGGACAGAAUCCACGAAUGGGGAAAUGACAGACAAUGGUUUGAGGAGAAGAAAAAAACGUGAACUGGUGUAGUCACGAUAAACGAAAGUGUUUUACGGCAAGGAUAUAUCAGAUUUUUCAUCUGUUUCUUUAUUCAUGUCUUCAUAUUGAAGAUGUUCCAUGAAAAGCAUACGUCUGAGAGUGUCAAAGGAAGAGAAAGACGGUUUGCAUUAGUCUGGUGAUGGGAGAAAGAGAGCAGAGGUGGCAUGGUUUUGAAUACCUACACGGUGGAAUUACAAAAGAACUUGACCAAUUAUUCUCUGAACCGGCACAUUUAAGAAACAUGAAUUCUGGAUGGUCUGAAACUUUUGGGAAAACUGCAGUUUUUUUUAACAACUAUUACAAUGGCUAUGUUUGUGUCGGCCAUGUUUUAUUAUCGUUUUCUGUUUCAUGUUUUUUUUUUGGAGACUCAUGUCAGCAGGUAAUUUUUGUGGAACUCCUUGCAUGCCCAUGACUUUUCAGGACAAUGGGCAUAAUCAAGGGAGACAAGGACAAUUCAGAAUCGAUGGACAGGGUGACCUGCCUUAAAUUUGUGUGACAGUGCUUACAAGAGGCAUAGCACACAAAUACUGUACAAUACCGCUUCAACUAUGUGCCACAGUGGAAGGUUUGCGCAUGAACCGAAUUGUAACAAGAAAAAAGAAUUUCUGAAAAAGCACGGCUGUUUGUUCAUUGGAAGUUUUUUAUAUUUUUUAUUGGAUCCAAAAUGAAAAUAUAUAUGCAUUGCUCAGAAAUUCAAAGCGACCGUGAAAGGGACCUUAAAUUUCUAUCUACAGCUAUUGAGUUACAUAUUAUCUAAUUCUUCUUCAUUUGUUCUCCAUUUUUCUGGUUCAUUUAUUCAUCAAUUUCCUGGACAAGAGGCCAUUGGAACUGUGGACUUAAACGUAAAAAAAACAAGAACACAAGGUCAUUGCUGUCUCGUAGAAAAAUGGCUGUGGUAUUAUUUCUGUUACAAACAGUCUGUUCUGUAUAGUAUGUGAAAAAAAAUACAAAUAAAAUGACAUUCAAGACAGAUACACAGGAAACUGUAGAGGAAGUAUUAUGAGAUUGUUAGGGGAUUCAAAUAUCAGGAGAACAACAAUUGGAUUGGAAGAGAGGUGUCUUGAAGAAUGAAAAUAUCUGAAAACAAGUUACACCCAGAACAUUGGCCAUUCAAUAUGUGUCCUCAAAAGCAUAGCACAGUUUUUUGUAAACAAUUUCAGUUAUCUGGUGUACUGGAUUCAGAGACAAGCCAAGCUGCACAUGCUUUGCUUUGAACCUUCUAGUGCAAUAAGUUUGCCCAUAUUUAAAAUGUUUUUUUUUUUUUCUGUAUGUGUAAGCUCUACUCUUUUGUAAUUAUGAAACACAAAAUAUCAUCUUCAUUCAUGUGAUUCUGUUAGCUUCCAUAGCUGCCCGCGCCUUUUCAUGUCAAUGCAUACAGUUACACUUCAUUCAUUGUCAAGAACAUGGCUGUUUAUCUUUGGUGUAUGGUUGAUUUGCUUUUAUCUAUCGAGAGAUGUGACAAAACUUCCCAGGUAGAGCCGAAUGACAGAGCCCAUUCCAUGCGGUUUCCACAGCAGAGGCUCUGUCGCUGCACUUGGUGACAGAGCCCCAUCUGGAAUAUUCUAAUAGUGGAGGCUCCACUGCUGAGCCUAGUGACAGAAUCCCACCCAGAACAUUCCAAUAGCGGAGGCUUCGCUGUUGAGUCCAGUCACAGAGCUGCAUCUCAGGGCUCAGUUAUUUAAGGCAUUGAAACCGCAGGUUCCAACUUCCACUGAUCAAACACUUAGCAAUUAGCAUAUUGUAGAAGCAUAGAAAACAUAUUUACAGGGAUGGAUUGUCGUUUGACUUAACUGCCCAUUUCCUCAUCUCCCCAAAUAGUUCACAAUUUAAUUCUGGCCUAGCUUUAUUGUAACCCCUUUGUUAGCACGGCACACGGCCUCAGCAGGCCGGCAUAGGUUUGGCCUCAUGCAGCAAAGAGCAGGAAUACAUUAUGGUUUACCUGGACCUUAGCACUGAGGCUGGAACAUGAGCUAUUUGAACGGACCACACACUCACUGCGAUAGAUGGGCCAUGUUUUAACAUUGAGAUUAAUGAGCGCCCUAUGAAGACUCCUGGGUGAAUAUUAUUGAGAAAGGAAAUGCAAUAUAUGCUAAUAUAUUGCUUCUGGUCUGUGACAAGCCUCUAGGACAUGAUUUAUCAGGACAUUUGGCAAAAUCACAGCUAUACUCAUGGCCUAUUUAUUUUUCAUUUAUAAAGGGCAAAAUUAACUUUGAAAUGCAACUUUUGAUCUGUGGCUUUCCCCAUGAGAAAUACAUAUUUUAUUUUGUUUUAAAUGUGUUUUGAUUUUCUAGCUGCAAAAAUCAGAAUACCUGGUUGGCGGUUUUUAAAAUGGUGCUCAGUACCUAAUUAAAAUAUUCAUUUUUGAGUUGCACAAUGAAAACAGUCAUUUUGUACAUCAGUGAGUUCCAUAUCAAUGGUAGCUACUGUAUAUACUUUUUGCAACAAGCCCAACAAAUAUGGAAGCACCACCCCUGCCAUUAUCAAUAAGUUAACAAAAUAAAUUAAUUAAUCUUGUCGGAAUAAGCAGGUUAUAUAACGGAUGGAUGGAUUUGCAGGAAAUUAGUGUGUGUGUGUCUGAGAGAGACUAUUUUAAAUGAAUUACCGUAGAACUGGUGAAUACUGUUCCACAAGACUGAAUAAUAGUAAUAAUAAUACCUUCUGGGAGCAUUUGGAAACAUUGAUUCAGGAGAACAGCAAAAUGUAAUAUGGGUGAUACCUGUAUUCAUAUACUUAAAGAAAAGAAACGUAUGUGGCUUCACAUCGUAAGGCACAUAAGAAGGCGCUUCCAAUAUAUACUGAAUUCUCUUAAUAUGUGAAGAAAACUGGAAAGGUAUGUAUUAAUCUCUAGUACAUAGAAGCUUUAUUUUGAGUACACAUAGGUAUAUAACCACUUUUUAUGACCUACAUUUUGUAGCUGAUAAUGGAAUUUGUCACAGUUCCUUUUCAUUUUGCUUUCUUUUGACAAGACACUAUUUCUGAUCAAAUUCUGUACUCAGAUUUCUGUUUGUAAUCAUCGUCCACUGUCUCUUCCCAACAUUGAUUUGAAGAUGGACUGGGCGGAAUACGGUGCUACAUUACUGUAGCUAUAUUUUACCAGCCCAAUAUUAUCAGAGCCCCUAAAUUCUAAAGAUAUUGUUGUGCCAAUGUCACUUCCAGCCCUGUGAAAUGUUUGUGUCCCAACAUUCCAUCAAUUACAAUGCCACCCUUUCCAUAUGCAGCCAUUUAUGUUGUGUCCUGCUUUUUCUGUUAUGGCUUUGUAUGCUUUUUUGUAAACAAACAUAAAAUGCCUGUCUUCUAGUCACUUUCAGUAUGAAUACAUGUGUGAGAGAGUACUGUACCUAUAUAGUAUGAACAGUUGGAAUGCAAUUGUUUUUCUCUUUGAAAAAAACAUGAUGUAUUUAAUGGUGAAGACAAAAAAAACUGAAAAAAAUGCAUUCUUGUAGAAAUAUUUUUAAAAUAACUUUUUUGCAAUUAAAUUAUUUAAGAAAUUUAUGAUA